CAGCGUUAUAAACAGCUGAGUUUCUAAAAUAAAGUGAAAAAAAUAAAAACAACAACUUAUAAAAAUAUACAGAUUUCAUUAGAUUAAUAUAUUUCGUUCUCAUCACCAAAAUAAAAUCAUUUUAUUAACAACUACAAAUAAAAUGUCAUUUGACAGUGCAAAACCUUCCUGUUCUAAAACGCUUAAGGAAGAAUCUCUCAAAAAACAUCACAACGACACAAAUGAUGGCAAUUUGGAAUUAUAUAUUAAAAAUGAUAAAGCUGAAAUAGAACUUUUGGAAUCCAACGAUAAUACAAAAGCUAACGAUCAAGAAGAAAAACCACAAGAUGACGAACGUAUUGCUAAAAUAAAGUUCCAUUGCUCCAGUUGUGAUAUGGAGGAAAUGGUGCAUUAUUUUGGUUUGGAGCCGAAUUUUGUAUUUGGUAUAAAAUUCAAUGAACCCACCUACUUAAUGAGAGAUCCAUUUCAAGCACCACCACCCAGAUGGAAGCCUAAGGCAGAAUAUUUUGUGGCCUUAGGAGGCCAUUGUAAAUUAUGCGAUAAGGUAGUUUGUAAGGAUAGUGAAUGUAGUUUCUUUUAUAUAAAUUCCUAUUGUUUAAGUUGUGUUCGCAAAGUAGCCAACACAUUUCCCCAGGACAUACAACAGAAAUUAAGAAAACAAUUAGCCAUGCUUUAAAAGUGUUUGUUCAUUUUGUAACAAAUGAAGGAUUUAUAAAAAUAGUUUUUAUUCAGAGUUUUUAAAAGUUAA